AUGAGCGCUGGGAGGGGCCGCGCGGCCCCUCCGGGAGACAGCAGCGGCGGCGCGGAUGGGGACCCUUUGGGGUGCAAGGAAGCUGAGCUGCGCGCCGUCCAGUGCGUCUUCAAGCACGUCCUGGGGCUGGGCGGCAAGCAUAAGGCUGCUGCAACCGCGCCCCAGCCGCGCCUCAACUUUGAAGGGCCAGAGGCGACUGCUUUUGCGGCUGCCCACGGCCGGGCAGUGACGCUGGGCGACGUGCUGAUGCACCGGAGCAACUUCGUGGCGCUCAACCUGCAGCAGCACUUUGCUGGCCCGCUCCGGGCGGCGGCGGCGGCGGCGCAGGGCGGGCCGCUGCCGCAGCACGCCAAGCUGCCCUGUCCCAACUGCCUGAAGUUCACUCUCAUCUCCAAGGGGCCGCAGCUGCCCAACAUCCGCAAGCUGGCGAUGCCUGGAGGCGCCGCCUAUGUUCUGCCUUUCAAGCUGAAGUGCGAGCCUUGCAGCCGCCAAUACAGCACUACGAGUGAGGAGCUGUACGCCGCGCUGCGCAUCGUUGACCUGGGCUUCAUUGCCGACGCGGUGCCCGCCGUCUUCUCCAAGAAGGGUGCCCUGCACAAGGACCUGCUGGCCCAGCUCAUCCUGGACUACGAGUCUGGCCUCUCUAUUGAGGCCGCCAUACAGCGCGUGCGCACGAGGAUGGAGGCCUGGCGCGUGCAGGUGCUGCUGGACUUCUACGGCAUGAGCCGCAUUGGCGGCCAGCAUCGUGUGCUGCCUGCAGAUGUGGAAGCGGCCGCCAAGCACGACUGGCCGCUGCCGUUCCUGAGCGCAACCUACGUGCGCACGAUGCUGGAUGUCCACAUGGAGGAGCGGCGGCAACUGAAGCGGGCCGUGCUGGCGGGCAUCGACGCGGGCCCCCACCGCGCUGUGAGCUGCGACCACACCUUUGCAACCGCCAAGAAGAUCACCAGCAACGGGAGCAAGCCGUACGAGGCCAUCUUCAACAUGCUCAACUCGGUGGGCGAGGUCAUGCUCUCGAUCGGCGUGCAGACCACCAGCAUGCAGGAGGUCAAGCCCGCGUUACAACGCUUGCGGGACAACAUUGAGCGCAGCGGCGGCCAGGCGGAGCCGCCCCCGAACUUCAUCCUCUUUUCCCAGGACGAUGCGCUGACUGAGGACACCUGGGAGGUUGCUUACGACCAAACCAUCCUGCCCUCGGGCGCCCGCAACCCAAACGGCUGCCGCCCGCCCAUGACCUGGUUCACCAACUGCUGCGCCCAUGGCAAGCCGUCUAGCACCUGCGGGGCCGUGCAGAUAGCCCACAAGCACGGCCAUGAGGUGUCCACGCACACCAUGACACACUCUCGAGACUCCGUGGCCUAUGACUACGAGGAAUGGGUGGCGGAGGUGGAUGGGCAGCGCAAGUGGGUGGUGGACGAGUGCGGCAUCCCGCGGGAAGCGGUGGUGGGGUUUCGGGCCCCCUACUUUGCGACCAACAACCUGCUGGGGAGGGUCAUCUCAGACCUGGGCUUCCUGUACGAUUCCAGCUUGAAGGGAGAGGAUCUGUUUGGCACCGGGGCGGUGCUGCGAGCGGGCCGCCUCAACGGCAGCUUCCACCCGAACUGCGUCCACUCCCGCUCCUCCUGCGACGGCUGGGCGGGGCUGCCCUUCUGGGAGGUGCCAGCCUACAUGCCCCGCGGCCACGGGGACCACCGGUCAGACCCGGAGCCAGUGGAUGGCAUGUCGAUCAUGCAGCGCUACCAGGCCGAUUUUGAGCGCAAGCGCGGUACCGGCAUCCCCGUGGCCGUCCUGGUGCAUGCACCCUACAUGCGCAACAGCACGCAUCGGAAGGCGGUCACAGCCUUCCUGGGCUGGGCCUUGGCGCAGCCCUCCACAUGGGCGGUCACCUAUGCACAAUAUGUGGCAUGGAUGCAAGCGGGCGGCCGCGGCGCAAACAUGACCACCCUGGCAGCCAGCUUCCCUUGCGACUCGAGCUGA